GGGCUUCGAGCCGAUGACGCAGCCGCGCCUGCGCCCUGGGCGGUGGUGGUGGUGGUGGCGGCGCCUGCGCCUCGCCGCCGCUAUGCGGCUCCUGUGGUGGCCCCUGUUGCUGGGGGCUCUGGGGCCCGCGACCCGCGCCCUGGUUGAGGAAGGUGAAGGCUCAUUGUCUGAACAGCAGAGACACACUAAAACUGAACUACCUCUCAGUCCAGAUGCUGUCCAUGAAGAACGUGAACUUGGGCAGACAGAACAGUACAACACUGGCGAAAUAGCUUAUGCACCCCUGGGAAGUGAGGGAAAUGGUGAUCAUUUAAUGUCUUCGAUUCCAGGAGAGGCGAAAGACAGGCGCAUCUCAGACCUCAGGACUGGCAGUUGUGAUGCUGGAGCUGAAGGCUCUAAGUGCAAUAUCGGAGAGAGCCUUUUUUCUCUGAUUACACCUGGAGCAAGCGUUCCCGAUAAGGGAGAAGACUAUAACGUGGUUCUGGAAGCUGUGCCCACAAGUCCACCACCUAAAGAGGACUCUAACAGUACAGAGAGUGUAAAAACCCCAAAGGUGAAUUGUGAGGAGAGAAACGUUACUGGCUUAGAAAGUUUCACUUUGCAAAUUCUAAAUGUUUCACAGGACCUGAUGGAAUUUUUAAACCCAAACAGUAGUGAUUGUACAUUAGUAUUAUUUUAUACCCCUUGGUGUCGCUUUUCUGCCAGUCUGGCUCCACAUUUUAAUUCUUUACCACGAGCAUUUCCAUCUCUUCAUUUUUUGGCAUUGGAUGCUUCUCAGCAUAGCAGUCUGUCUACCAGAUUUGGCACCGUGGCUGUUCCCAACAUCUUGUUAUUCCAAGGAGCUAAACCGAUGGCGAGAUUUAACCAUACGGAUCGGACGCUGGAAGCGCUAAAAGCCUUCAUUUUUAAUCAGACAGGGAUUGAAGCCAAGAAUGAUGUGGUAGUGACUGAAGAUGACCAGAUAGGCCCUCUUCCCAGCACUUUGGUGAAAAGUGUGGAUUGGUUGCUUGUAUUUUCCUUAUUCUUUUUAGUUAGUUUUAUUAUGUAUGCUACUGUUCGGACCGAAAGUAUUCGAUGGCUAAUUCCAGGACAAGAACAUGAACAUCCAGAGUAAUAAUAGACUGAAAUAUGAAAUUGGAAAGAUUAAUUUCAAUCUUUGCUUUCAGAAACUUAUACUGAAAUUCCAUUGUUUUCCACAUAUUCUAUUUUAACUUAGGUUAAAAUAAUUUUGCAUUUGAGGUACUGAAUGUGCAAAAAAAAUCAUACACUAGUGUUGUAUACUAGUGUUUCAAUAAACAUGAAAAGAUUCAGAAAAAUCAUUUUUGUUUUUUAGUGCUUGGAGUUAAAGUUUCAAGGAACUUUAAAUGUGAAAAACUAUUGUGUAUACAGAAGCAAAUGAGCACAGUAACCUAGUGUUUGACAAACCCAAAGAUCCUAACUUCUGGGGCAAGAACUCAUUAUUUGACAAAAAAAUGUUAGGGAAACUGGAAAACAGUCUGGCAGAAACUAGGUAUAGAGUAGACCAGCAUUUCAUACUGUAUACCAAAAUAAGCUCAAAAUGGUACAUGAUUUAGACAGAUGCUAUCAUAAGCAAAAUAGUGAAAUGUGGAAGAAAUUACCUUUUGAAUCUAUGGAUGGGGAAAUGUUCAUGAUCAAAGAGAGAGGUUCAAGAGGCUCAUAAGGGGUAGAAGGGUUAAUUUUGAUUACAUAAAAUUAAAUAGCUUUUCCACAAACAAAACCAGUGCAGCUAAAAUUAGAAGAAAAGCAAGAAAUGGGGAAAAAAAAAUCUACAUCGUUUGGUAAAGGUCUCAUUUCUAGAUUAUAUAGGAAACUGAGCCAAAUUUGUAUGAAUAAGAGCCAUUUCCUAAUUAAUAAAUUAUCAAAGGAUAUGAAUAGACAGUUCUCAGAGGGAAGAAAUCCAUGCUACCAGUGGCCAUAUAAAAAUAGACAUCACUGAUAGAGAAAUGAAAAUUAAAACAAUUUCGAGGUUACUACCUCACACCCAUCAGGUUGGCUUAAGAUGACAGGAAAGGAAAAUGACAAACCUUGGAGGGUAUGUGGGAAAAGAGGUACAUUAAUGCACUCUUGGUGGAGCUGUGAAAUAGUCUAGCAAUUCUGGAAAACAAUUUGGAGCUCUUCCCCAAAAGCUUUUAAACACCAAAUAGAUCAAAGAAAGAGGAAAAAGACCCAGAUAUACAAAUUAUUUAUAGUAGCUCCCUUUGUGGUGACAAAGAAUUGGAAAUUCAGGGGAUGCCCAUCAAUUGGAGAAUGCCUGAACAAAUUACGGUGUUAUGAAUGUGAUGUACUUUUGUGUUGUAAAAAAAAUGAAGGGGGAAGAAAGGGAUGAUUUUAAAAAAAACCCUGAGAAUAUUUGUUUAAACUGGUGCAAAGUGAACUGAGAAAUUAGGCAGGAGAACAAUUUAAAAUAACAAAUAUCGUGAAAGACUCAGUAACUCUAUCAACACGAAGACCAACCACAAUUCCAGAGGACUCAUGAUGAAAUAUGCUGUCUGCCUUCAGAUAAGAGAAGCAGUGGACUCAAAAUACAGAUUGAAGCAAAUUUAUUUUUGGACAUAGCUAAUGUUGAAAUUUGUUUUACAUGACUAUAUAUUGGCAAUGGGUUGCAGUUUUCUUGCCUUCUCAAUGGGUAGUGGAGGGGAAGGAAGGAAGGAGAAAAUUGAAUAAUAAAAAAGCUUUUGAAAUGAAGAGCUAAUGAAAAGAUUUCCAGGCAACAUUGUCUUUCAGAGGCAAAAAUUCUGUGGCAUAAGUUUUAGAAAAUUUAUAAUUCUAAGAACUUAGGUUUUCUGUCCAUUGAAUUUCUUUUUAAAAACAAUUUUGAAGUCCACAACUGAUGUUCUUUUAUGGUAAGAUCUUCCAGAAAUGAAAACCUAUUUGUUACUUCCCAUGUAGCAGCGUAUUGUUUCAUGUCUUUCCAUUUGAAACAAUAAAGAGUUAAGAUAAAUUAGA